UUAAUGAGACUUAUUUACGACGGUCGGUCAACUGUUCCAUUUAUAAAUUGUAUCCUAAAGACAAUGGACGUGCGAUUUUUCAUAUUAUUUGCUUUUUAUAUUAACGUUAAUUGUGAAUAUGUUAACAGAAAGUUUUGUAAAAACGUGGAUCUCAAUAAAUGCAGCAUUCACAGUAUGAAAUUGGAUCCCUGUCCAGAUGGCCCAGGGUUCUGUCUGAUAAGACGAGAUAUGCCGUACUCACUGGCAUUUGAUUUUACACCACAUUUUGAAGCGGAGAAACUAAAGUUCUCGAUCUUCAGUGACGAGAGUAACUCAGGAACAUUCAAUGGUAUAGUGACGCCCCCAGUCGAUGCUUGCGAAUACCACUCUUGUCCUCUUGAAGAUAAUGUGAGACAAGUAUUUGAUAUCGACUUCGAGUAUACGAGGAAGGCUCAUGGCAAAUUCCCAAUUGAGAUGAGAUUGUGGAACGCGAAAGACGACUCUGAUGUUUGUUGUUUCCCCUUUAAUGUGCAAAUGUUGAAAUAAAUCUUUCAUAGUAUUUCA